AUGAUUCAGAACUGGAGAGUAAUAGAACCAGUGAACCGCAGCCUGAGAAUACCCAGCGUGGAUUCUGUCAUUCGCUUCUUCCUGUGCCUUAACAAAACUUCAACUGCAUGGAUUUCACAUCUCAAAAAAUCUCAUUAUAAUAGUUUGGUAAAAAACAAUUGCCACCAACAGCUUCCUUUUAAGGCUCACAUGGUAGUCAGCCAUGUAUUGGGUAAUUACUGUGACAGUCAACUUAAAAACAAAUUUCUAAGUAAACAGCAUCACGUACUUAAAUUCCAAUUGGACAUAUCAUGUUAUGCUCGGCAUAACUUUCUACCUUGGCAAGAAGUGGAGCCAGAUCGAUUUCAGGCCAACACUUGUAUGCAAAGAAUCUGGACUUCCUACAACUACUCAGGAAGAAUAUUAAUCAGUUUACGGGUGAAAUUAAAGAUACAAGAGCAAAGAAAUUUAAGUUAUCACGAAAAAAGUCAUUAA